AGCUUGGCCAGAGCCUGCUAAGGCACAAGCCGCUGAGCUGGGGCUUGCACCUGACUAGACACCUUCCUGCUUGCCUCCUUCAGCUCAGACCUCGUCGUCACUGGAGCCCUCUCUUUUUGAAGCAGUCAUGCCUGUGACAAAGAGUGCCCAGGGUGCCCAGGGAGCUGUUGACCUCAAACUGGACCGCAGGUCCUCUCCUGAAAGUGCCAAGAGGCUGCAGAACAAGGACCCUAGUUUCUUGAAUGGAAGCCCUUCUGAGUUGCCGGACUCGCAGAAGACCAAGGGCAUAACAGAGUUCCAGACUUUGAUCCACCUGGUGAAAGGCAACCUAGGCACGGGGAUCCUGGGCCUCCCCCUGGCUAUGAGGAACGCGGGCAUUCUGAUGGGCCCGCUCAGUUUGCUGGCAAUUGGCUUCAUCUCCACCCACUGUAUGUACAUCCUGGUCAGGUGUGCCCAGCGCUUCUGCCACAGGCUUAACAAGCCCUUUUUGGACUAUGGGGAUACAGUGAUGUACGGACUAAAAGCCAGCCCCAGUGCCUGGCUCCAGAACCAUGCUCACUGGGGAAGGCAUAUGGUGAUCUUUUUCCUUAUAGUUACCCAGCUGGGCUUCUGCUGUGUGUACAUCGUGUUUCUGGCCGAUAAUUUAAAACAGGUAGUGGAAGCAGUUAAUAGCACAACCAACAACUGCCAUUACAACGAGACGGUGGUUCCGACGCCCACCAUGGACUCUCGACUUUACAUGCUCACCUUCCUGCCCUUCCUGGUGCUGCUGGUCUUUGUCCGGAACCUCAGGGUCCUGACUAUCUUCUCCAUGCUGGCCAACAUCAGCAUGCUGGUCAGCUUGAUCAUCCUCACCCAGUACAUCGUCCAGGGAAUUCCAGACCCCCGCGGGCUGCCACUGGUAGCAAGUUGGAACACCUACCCUCUCUUCUUUGGAACAGCCAUGUUUUCAUUUGAAAGCAUUGGCAUGGUUCUGCCUCUGGAAAACAAGAUGAAGGAUGCCCGCCACUUCCCAGCCAUCCUGUAUUUGGGAAUGUCCAUCAUCACUGCCAUGUACAUUGGCAUCGGGGCUCUGGGCUACCUGCGGUUUGGAAAUGACAUCAAGGCCAGCAUAACCCUUAACCUGCCCAACUGCUGGCUGUACCAGUGGGUCAAGCUCCUCUACGUCUUCGGCAUCCUGUGCACCUACUCCCUGCAGUUCUACGUCCCUGCAGAAAUCAUCAUCCCCUUCGCCGUCUCCCGGGUGUCCAAGCAUUGGGCACUGCCUCUGGACUUGUCCAUCCGCCUCGCCCUGGUCUGCCUGACAUGCAUCUUGGCCAUCCUCAUCCCCCGUCUGGACCUGGUCCUCUCCCUGGUGGGCUCCAUGAGCAGCAGUGCCCUGGCCCUCAUCAUCCCACCACUCUUGGAGAUCACCACCUACUACUCGGAGGGCAUGAGCCCCCUCACCAUCAUCAAGGACGCUCUGAUCAGCAUCCUGGGCUUCGUGGGCCUCGUGGUGGGAACCUACCAGGCCCUGGAUGAUCUGAUCCAGCCAACAGACCAUCUCACCUUUUCCAACUCCACCGUUUUUUUUCAAUGAGGACAGCACUGCUCCUUACCCACCAGCACCUGACUUUUAAUGAUAUGGAUCUCUUCUAUAUGCAUUGUCUUUAUUUUGCUGCUUUCCCUUUUCUC